GAUCCCGGCGCCUCGCUCCGUCCUUGCAGCGCGGCCGGGGGGCCGGGGGCGCCGGGCCGGGCCGGGCCGGGGGCGGACACGUCUGCGGAGCCCGCAGCCUCUCCUCGCAACCAGGCGUGAGCAAUGGGGCGGAAGAAAAUACAGAUCAGCCGCAUCUUGGACCAGCGCAACCGGCAGGUGACCUUCACCAAGCGGAAAUUCGGGCUGAUGAAGAAGGCCUACGAGCUGAGCGUGCUAUGUGACUGCGAGAUCGCCCUCAUCAUCUUCAACAGCACCAACCGCCUCUUCCAGUACGCCAGCACCGACAUGGACAAGGUGCUGCUCAAGUACACCGAGUACAGCGAGCCCCACGAGAGCCGCACCAACUCGGACAUCCUCGAGACGCUGAAGCGGAAGGGGCUGGGGCUGGAGAGCCAGGAGCUGGAGCUGGAGGACGGGCUGGACUCCGUGGAAAAGCUUCGCAAGCUGGACGAGGGCGUGGACCUGACGAUGGCGCGGCCACGGCUCUACCUGCCGUCCUCCCUGCCCAGCCACGAAGCCGCCUAUGCAGGCACGCCGCCCUCCGGGAGCGAGGGGGGCCUGAGCAGCACCAGCGGGUCGCCGCAGCACCAGAGCCGCCCGCCCGCGUUCAAGCCGGCCAUCCCGAAGCACGGCCCGCCCUCGGUGCGGUCCCCAGGGCCUCUCCCGCCAGGCAUCGGCUACCCCCUCUUCUCCCACGGGAACCUGAACCGUGCCCUGGCCACCAGGACCUCUCCCCCGCUCUAUCUGGGGGCAGAAGGCCGCAGGGCUGACGUCCACACCAGCUUGUCCAGUGCCAGGAGCAACCUGACAGCAGCGCAGCGCUCGCUCUAUCCCGGGCUGCAGAGCAUGAGCCCAGUGAUCCCCGCGGGCAACGCCAGCAUGCCAGGCCAAGGGCUCGGGGCCUUCCCCUUCCUCACCUCGGGCCAGUCAGAGUACGGCUCCGGGGAGGCCUCCGUGCACCCCAGCUUCCUCCAGCCCAACACCAUGGCCUCCUGGCAGCACCACCGGGACAUGGCAGCCUCCGCCCACCCGCUGCUGGGGACCCCCAGCAGGAUCCUCCCCACCGACGAGGCGGCCCCGGUCCCCAGCUCUUCUCCCCAGCAGCAACCCAUCAACAUCAAGUCCGAGCGGGUCUCCCCGGUAGUGAGCUGCAGCUCGGCCACCCCCCAGCCCCCCGCAAGCGGCCUGGCCCCCCUCGGCGAUGGCCCCCGGGAGCCUGGGGACCUCCACCCGCGGGAGGAGUACAGCAAGGGGUACCCCUACUCCCUCGUCCUGCCCCGGCCCCUGGCGGAGGAGCAGCGCGGCGGCAUCCCCAUGCGGCGCCUGCAAGUGACGGACAUGUGGCAGAGAUAGUGGGUGGGCCGGCCAGCGGGGGCUGCCCCAGGCGGGCAGCAGGGCACAAGCGGGCAGCACUCAGGGGCAAGUCCUCACCCCCGAAGGAGCUGGGGGUGCCUCUCCCAGCACCCUGCCCUGUGCAUGCCCGUGGCCCCCUCCCUCUACCUGAGCCACCCCCGGCCCCCUUGUUCUCUGUUCCCGGCGUCCGUAGUGUCGGAGAACAGGGCCGUUUCCCGGAGCGGGGCUGGGCUCCCUGCCAGGGAGGGGUGCCCGUCUGGCUUUUGACCCUCUCCACUCCCCACGCCAGCCAAGCCCGCAGUGACGUCUUCCCCCCUCCUGCCUUCGUGCCAGGGGCGGCAGCUGCAUGGCCAAGGCGUCAGCCCGCUAGCCCAGCCACAACCUGGGCGACGGUCAGGAUGCCGGUGUGCCGCCCCAGCUGGGUGCCCUGCAGACAAGAGCAGGUCCAGCCCCAGGCCAGGCCGAUGGGGGGGUUCACAGUGUUCAGGUGCCGCCUGGGAUCCUUUUCUAUUUAUUGUGCUCCAUCCAUGGGUUCGACCAAUAAAAUCCGGGUGCAUCCA